UGUGUGUGUGUGCGCGCGAGUGGCGAGGGUGGGGGUGGCGGUGGCCGAGGGCGACCCGCGGCCCACUCGCCUUUCUCUCUGCUUCCCUGCCCAGGAGUGCUUCAGGGCCAACGGCAUCACCGGCCGCCGCCUCAUCCUCGCGAACUGCUCCAACCUGCCCGCCAUGGGUGUCACAGACUUCGGGCACAUGCAGGAGAUUUCACAACAUGUGCGAGAGUUGCUGGGGAUUGAGGAGCCUCUCUUCAACAGAUCCAUUACCCUCCCAUACAGAGACUGCAUGGGUCUCUUCCUGGAGCGAAAGUCCCGAUCAGGAAAGAAAGCAGAUGCCCUCACUUUCUCACAGAUUAUCCAAGAAGCAGGAUUGGAGCCCUAUACUACAGCUGCUCCUUUGCAACAAGCCCAGGCUGGAGUAGAAGCGCAUGCUCUCACUGUACCACAGAGCACCCAGAAGCAGGAUUAGAGACUCACACUGCACUUUUGUAAGAAGACCAGCAAAAUAUACCCUUGUUACCUCGCAGUUUGUCCAAGAUGGUACAGUUUCACCUUCUCCCGAUUAUGGAAGCGGCCAUUGCAGCUCUUAGCCAUUUGAUUACAGCAAAUACAUCCCCCCCACCUUGGCACUUUUCUGCAAUCCUUCAUUUGGUUCCAGGAGCUAAAUGAAGCAGAAGCUAUAAAUCAGACUGUAUCACGGCCUGUCUUUCACUUCUGCUUCACAGUUGAUUAAAAAGACCAAAACCGAAUCACAGACAUAUUUUAAUUACCAGUGAUGAAAAAAAUCUUUCCUGCAGCUCAGGUGAAUAGAUUUCUCUCAGGUUUUAGUGUCUGCAGACUGGGCUCACUGUAAAGCCCAGAUUUAAGAUAAAUGGCAUAUACAAUAACUGGUAUACAGGUGUGAUGCCAGCUGCUGUCAGCAAUCGUAAUUAAGCAAGGGGCCUAGUUACAACAUGCACAACUAUCCCUGGUCUGACCACAGAAAUUAUUUCCCGUGAGGCAGGCAGUGGUUUAUCAUAGUAAACAGAACUGAAACACAUUAUAAAUGAUGGGAGGAAGCGUAACAGAAUACUGCAAACUGGAGAAUUUAGGGAAUUAAAAAAAGCUUUGUCCUGGGUGGAUUUGGACAGAAUACCCAGUUACCUCCUUUUUCCUUGAAAUAAGUAUGAUGUACUCUGUGGUGGCUGUGGUGGGGUGCAUUAUGAUCAACAAGGAAGUACAAGUAAGUGCUGAUUAAAACAUGGUUCAACAGAAAAAAUGCUCCUGACUAAAUCAUUACAAUUUUGUCUGG